UUGCAGCAAACUCCAAGCCAUGCAUUAAUCCACUUCCAUCAGUCAAAUUUCCCCCAAAAAUUCGUAGCCAUCCCUUAGUUUCCUUUAAUAGCUCAGUAAAUAAAUCAGAAUCUAUGAGUGCAUGUUUCGCAGCUAAAGACAACCAAGAAGUUUAUCGUCCUCUCGCAAACUUCACCCCUACGGUAUGGAAAGACUCCAGCAUCUUCACUUCUUCUCUACCUAUUACAGAAAUUGAAUCAAAUGAUAGACGUGCAGAAGAGCUGAAACAAAAAGUGGAAGAAAUGCUAAUUACUCCUCUAAAUGAUCCGGUAGUGAAAGUUAGCUUCAUUGAAUCAAUAUGUCGCCUUGGUGUGUCAUAUCACUUUGAGAAUGAAGUUGAAGGACAACUAAAUCAAAUUUUUGAAGCACAACCUAAUGUCGCCAAACAUGAUGAUUAUGAUCUCUACAUUGUAGCUCUUCUAUUUCGAGUUUUUAGACAGCAUGGUUACAAAAACUCAUCUCAAGUCCUUGGCUAAAUCAAGUCCAGAUCAUCUAGCAAAACAUAUAACAAGUGCUCUAGAAGCGCCCUUGCACAAAAAUGUACCAAGAUUGGUGACACACAAAUACAUCUCUUUCUACCAAGAAGAUCCAGGCGAAUAAAGAAACGAAACUCUACUCAUAUUAGCAAAACUAGAUUUUAAUCGGGUACAAUUAUAGCACCAAAAAGAGCUCAACCAGGUCACCAGGUAAGUUUGUUGAAAAUUUUUUGUCAUGCUUUCAUCCAAUUAGUGCUCACCCUAUCAACCCCUAAGACCAGCAUCUUUCAUAUGAUUGGAUACCGAGCUACGUGUUUUUGAAGAUCAGGUAGCGAUUUUAUAUAAUAAUAAAUCUAGAUUGUGUUGUCAUUCUUA